AUGUUUCGCCGACAUUGGUCUGGCCUUCCCAAAGAUGCGACCUUUCCAUCUGACCUGAAAGGCUUGGGAUACUUUGUGAACGACGACGAUGAAAUACGAUCUGUCGAGAGCCCAGAACAAUAUUUCAAAUUCUUCAUAAAUAAGAAUGAGCGGAUAAACCAGCGUCAGAGGUUCGAAUUUGACAAAGCCUUGGAAGACAUAAUUCAUCAGCGUCUCGCUGCUGAAGGACUAGAGAAGGUUGCUUUACCACUAGGAAGCACGACUUCGGAAAAGCACAUAGCUGUGUUUGCGACGCCUGACUUGCCUUCAAAAUCUCGGAUUAUUAUAUUCUUCGGCGAGCCUACCAAAGCAUUGGGCAUGCUGGCCGGCCGAGUGGCUAAUGGGCCUGGUGGCAUUAACAAAGGCUCAUUAGUUUCUGUCGUUCAAGAACUUCAAAAACAAGUCGCCUCCAAUAAAGAUUCGUCGCCGCCUGGCGUGUUCAUUGCCAAUCCUGGCCAGUUGCAUUGGUGGCCCAAGGGCCGCCGCAUGCUUACCGCGACGGAAAGCACGGCGAUCCCGUUGCCAAGCCUUGUUCAUGCUGGAAGGCGACAUAUUCCUGGGAUCAACACCGUCAUCGCACAUGAAACACCAGAAAAGCAUGUCGAGUCUGUUUUUAGUACGUUGCUCCAGGUGAUGAGCGAACGCACAAAGGUCGAUCUGAUUGCCAUUGGGCAGAGCUGCGAACUGGUGACCAAGUUCUUGGACGAUGCGACAAACUGGCACGCUUGGAAGGAUCAUCUCGAUGCUAUGCUUCUCAUGGGAACAGUCUACCCAGCAGAUUUAACCAACCAAGCGCUUCGAGACUUCAUGGCAAAGCGCGCCCGAGCGUACAUCGUUUCUACGGAGCCCCUGGAUACUCCCCUCGCGCCCCCUUCUGGAAAUGAAGAGGAACAAAUCCCAGCUUUCGGGUGUCCGUGUUACUCUUCCUCCGAGCCGUUCUAUGCUGAGAUGGUUCUCAUACGUGCUCUCAAACCGGCCCUUCAAUAUCUGGAAACUGUAGCCCUGACCCCGGGAUAUGAAAAUGACGAUAUUCUAGUAGCGGAGAAGCCUAAGCAAGAAUUUACUGACGAGGACUGGGAGAAGGUAGCUGACUCGGAAAAGCCGUUGAUUCGGGUCGUGGAUGCGGAUCUCAUGAAGCAAGAGGUGAAGAACCAGAAGCGUUGGAGAAAGUUCCUAGAGAACGGAGAAGCUUGCGACACCUCUUCGUCGUCAGACGAAGAGGUGUGA